AUGUUUCCAUGGCCGGAGAAAAUAACCAAAAAAUUUACAUCUUUGCAUUCCGAUCCGCUGGACGAUUGCGUGGAUCGCCUAAACUAUGCCUAUACGGUGUCGUUUAUCAUGGAACAAACUUUGAAAUGUUGCAUAGGAUAUCGCUCUUUUCUGUUCUAUGUGAUCAUCAAGUGGCUGUAUUUUGGAGUUUGUAUUGGCCAGCUUUAUCUCAUCAACAAUUUUGUUGGUGAUGGUACC